AUGACAUGACUAUUUAUUUUCCUUUCUUUCAACUAACACUCUUUCUCUCUUUUAAAAUGAAAUAGCUGAGAAAGUCUCCUGUAUUUUCUUACUAAUUCAAGUAAAAUUAAUAUCGUCGCUUCUCCACCCUCAAAGUAAUUAACUCUUCAAACCCCUCUCUCUAUCUCACUUUCUCUCAUAUUCAUAUAAAUAUAUAUAUAUGUAUUUAUAGAUAUAUAUAAAUAUAUAUUAUAUCCAUGGAAGAUGAGCAUCGGAUGGCGAAGAAGAUGAAGAUUGAUCAUCAUGAAAAUGUGGGAGGUGGUGAUGAACUCGAUCAAGCGGAGGAGGAAAAAGUGAACGAGUUCUUCGCUCUGAUCAGGAGCACAAGAGAGGUUCGUAAUCUUCUUCGUAGCAAUAAUGGUUCCCACGCCGAUAUAAAUCCGAUUAGCGGUGUUUGGAAUCCCACAUUCCGACCAGAGGAUUUUCUUGAUCACGAUCGUGAAUCUGAUCAUCAUAAGAACAAAGCGAUGGUGAUGAUGAUGAAUCCUCCUCCUCCUCCGCCGUCCGAUCCUAACUUCAAUCCUAACAGUGACGGUCAUGAUCAUGGAGCAGUACUCGAAGCUUGUAAACAAUCUCUUUCUGCUACUCUUGCUGGGCCUGAGCUUGGGAUUGGGCCUGGGCCUUCCAAGGUCAGGGGAGCGGGAGAAGAAGAACAUGUUCAUGGGAAAGAAGAUGGAAGCCACAGUGGAGGUGGUGGUACGACAACGACAGCUGAUUUAGACUUGAAGCUCUCUCUAAGAGAUGUCUCAGCCCGAGGAUAGUCUGCGGGGCAUAGACUUCGGGGGGAAUCCCCCAGUAGGGCCAAGAUUGAAAAGGCUCCGAGGGUCUAAGAGCACGGCUGGGGGCUCCACCAAAUCUCCGGCAAAGGAGAAGGAAAAAACCCCAUCAUCCCAGGUCGGGGGGGGGCAAUUCUUCCUGCUGCCGGAGCAGGACACAUGCCCCCGCCGCCCCAGCGAUCUCCAUCAGCCACCCAGGACGUGGGAAUGGAGGUCGGGACUCUGGCUGCAGUGGCCCCCGGCGUACGCAUCAUGGUCGACCCCCAGGAUCUGGAGAAGAUCCCACAAGCCUUCCGGGGGACGGUGUAUGAGUCGGCGAGCUACGCCGUCAACCAUUUCUACAAGUUCAAAGAGAAGGAGCUCCGGGCUAUUGAGACACUGAGUCCGGUCCACGUAAUAGAGUCAUCGAUCGACAUGACCCUAACGGGCAUCGCUGCCGUACACUAAGGCAUCACCAGGACCAGAGCUCAGCUCGAGGAGAUGAGGGCUGGGCACCAGGCCGCUCUUCAGGAGGCUCAGGCGGCGAAAGAUGCGUUGGCGACCUCGAAGGCCGAGUUAGAGAGAAUUCGCUCGAAGGUCCAAGAGCUUGAGACAUCCUUUGCCACCUCGCGAACAGACCUCGUGGCAGCGAAGACCGAGGCCCAGGCCGCCCUUGAAGCCGAACGGACCACCUCGGAACAGUCCAUGCAGGAACUGUUCGAUCGUUGCUGGGCCCACAACCCGGAGGCUGACUUCUCUUUCAUGCCGUCGAGUCUCUGGGCGCGCUUGUUGGUGAAGUUCCAAGCCCGCUUUGACAAAGAGGUGCCGCCCUUGGAGACUGGGGAAGCCUUUGGUGCGGCGGAGCAGGAUGAGACCGCGACCUCCAAGGGGCCGACUGACGGGGCUUAGGGCGUUUUUUCUUCUCUUUAUUUUGAAGUAUUUUAUGUAAUCCUUAGCACGAGGUAUUUUUUCCUCGAGACAAUUUGCCUUGCAAUUUUAACUUAUAUAUUUCAUGCUUUUGGCUACAAUA